UGAACACUUGAUUCUUUACAGUGCUGGGACUAGCACCUGGUUUGACCUACACAUUCUGGGUAAGGUCAUACGAAGGUCGCAACCUUGGCCCUGAGACCACAGUCAGGGUCAUAACACGAGGCAACAAGUUGUUGCCAGUGGAGUCUCUUCAGGUUGUUGUGACAAAGGAAGGAACGACUGCUAAGUUGUCCUGGACUGAGCCACCGUACAAGACACAAAAGGUGUCUUGGACAUACCGGAUCAUUUGGGGUAAGAGUGCCAAUGAUUUAAAGCACAGCGCCCACAUUGCCACCACCCCCAACACGACUUUCAUGAUUCGUGGACUGGACGCCUGUGAGACUUACCAUGUUGCUGUUAUGGUCGGAGAACCCAUUGGCAUUGGUCCAAUGGUUGAAAAGUCGAUUCAUACUGAUGCUAAUCCCAAGGCUCCACCAAAGAACCUGCAAGCAAAGUUAAAGAACUUGACCAUGAUGACGAUAGCAUGGGAGGUGUCAUGUCCUCAGGGUGGGAUUGAUCGUGAACAGUACAUGUUAUUUGUCACAGAAACAACCUACAAUGUCACAUCCUCCUAUCAACUCCUAGGCCACAAGAAUCGCUUUCAAAGCCAUGUCAUUCGAGUUGACUGGGGGGGUCGCUAUUCUAUCAGAAUGAGAACUGCUGUCACUGAUUCCAUCCUGACUGAGCCUGUUAUCUGCAAUGGUCCAGACAUUCCCCCUCCAUAUGAACUCACCUAUGAAUUCAACAAUGGCUCUUUCUUCUGGAGGAAUAGUCCUUCACUCCCCAAAGAAAUAUCAUCAAGAAAUUACACAUAUAUUCUCCGAUUAUCAAGGAACAUGGAUAUGACUGAUUCAGAAACUCAUGAGUGCUCUAAGCCGCCCCUGUUGGUGGAUACCCUAGCAGCAGGCAUUAUUUACUAUGCUGCUGUAGCCCUAAAGGAUUCUAAUGGAUACCUCUCGCUGUGGUCUCAAACAAUACGGCUCGAGAAACCUAUUGACAAUGAAUUGGUGAUCUCUCAAGGCAGUGCUGUAGGUGUUGGUGUGUCAGUGUUCCUGGUAGUAGUUGCCCUCAUCGUGGUGGUCGGCAUCUUGGUGGUCCGGCACAGACGUCUUGCUCGGAUCUUAAUUGCUCCGAGGUUUCUGAGGCAGCCGGCCAACGCUCUCGCCUAUGAGAAGGAGAACGUGGAGCUGGAGUGCAGCGUGUACGGCCAGCCAGAGCCCUCUCUCUCACUGGCUCAAGAACGGCGAGCUGCUGGUGGAGACGGAAUACCUUCAGCAGAUGAGAUUAUUAAUAGAUCACUGUAA